AUGGAUUUUGAUUUGCAGCCAAAGCCGGCGUCAAAGCUCAUAUCACUCAUUACUCAAACAAUCUCUCUCUUCAACUCUAUGGAUUUCGAUUCCCCUUCCAAGCCGGAGUCAAAGCCCCUACCACGCAUUGCUAAAAGAUUCUCUGUCGUCAACUCUAUUUAUGUUGAUCCCCUUCCCAAGCCGCUGCGGGAGCUCAUAUCGUUCAUUUCUAAAAAAAUCUUAGCUCCAGACAAGAAACCUGAGUCUGACUUGAGCUUCAAGUCACUCGCACUCGAUACAAUAAGAUUCAAGUCGGAGUUCAUAUUACUCAUCCGUCAAAUAGUCUCCGUCGUCAUCUCUAUGAACACAGAGUUGACGCCACUUAUUUCCUAA